GCACACUCUUCGAUUAUGUGGCAUCUGCGGCUGUUGUGCCUCAUCGCGACGGCUUCAAGCAUCAACCAGAGAGCACCCUGGGCCUUCAGGGGUCACCAUCAUGUGCUGAUCUGCCAACACAGGCACCGCAGACUGAGAGCCCAGCAUCCGCGAGUGUGGAUGGGCGACGUUAGCGGCGAAGGGGUGGGCAGAAUGACCACCAUGGAGGGACAGACCAGGCAAGGCGGCCCAUCCCCCGUCCCGAAAGAAUGGAAGACUCUCUCAGAUGGUGAGCAAGAUCCCACAAUCAGGCAGAUCUUCCAUGCAAUUGCAUUGCUGAUGUUGGUGCAUCUAUAUCAUGCGCAGGUGUGUAUCUGAUGCAUCCGACGCGUGACGACCCCUUCGAUGCGGCUCAGGAUGAUGCCGACGUCACCGGCGACGCGCCCUUGACAGAUCAGGACAUCGACAUCGUUUUUAUACACGGGUAACGACACACAAGACAACACAGGCAGACAGGAGCAUUGGGCGCAGACGAAAGCCAUCUGUAUUGUGAUGUGUUGCAUAUCCCUUCAUUUGUCAGGUUGCAGGGCAGCGCCGCCAAGACCUGGCGCCAGAUCAGGCCGUCGCAGAUGAGUGACGAUGAUGCGGCCUUGACGGACCCAUCCGCCCCGCUCUCCCCCACAUCCACGGGCCGCAACGGUCGACCGCGGCGGCGCCGCCCCCCUCCCCCAGCCAUUUAUGUCACUUUGGAAGACCUGCAGAGGGAGGCGGAGAUGCAUGACGACGACGGCGAUUUGAAACAGGAUGUUGGUGAAGCGGCAGAUCGAGAUGCGAUGCCGGCAUCUGCCGCCGACACACCAGAGGAUGACGUGGAGCUGCAGACAGAUGACGAGGAUGCGGCUGAGAAGGCGAGGAGGGGACGAAGGCUUCGUUUCCCUCGCUUCAACAUCCGGCUGUCCCCAUCCUUUGCUCGCGCCCUCCUGCGGCUGCCCUCGGCUCUCACCAAGGACCAAACACGCCAGAAGACAGCGAGAAGGGCCAAUCGCAACCCGUCCUCUAGCCCCCUGCUGCUUGAUGACGUUCAAGACACCACGGCGUCAUCGAGCGGCGAUGAGAGCCGCGCUCUGGCCGUGACUGAGGAGAUGAGGGCCAUGAUCUCCUCACUGGAGCAGGGGAUGCAAGAAUCAGAUGAGGAGGACGCCGAGACUGAUGGACGCCCCUAUGUGCCCCUCUCCGGCAACUUUCUCGAUGAUCCCUUCGUGCCAGAGGACAACAGCACCCUGGAGCUCGGCAGCAGGGCCCAGCCAACGGAGAGCGAAGCAUCGUCAUCCCCUCCCAAGCCCCGUCCACCUCCCGGCCCUCCGUUGAAGCGUUUCUGGUCUGCCGUGACGGACGCCUUGCGUCAGCGACAGCGCGCUGGAAUGAGUCCGUCUCGUCGAAAGGCACUGGUGCGGGAGGCGUUGAAGAAGGGCAUAGAGGAGGAGGAGAUGCGGGCACAGCAGAGGGACGUGACCGUCAGGAAGGACCCAAAGUCACAGUAAGUCAGGGGAGGGGCUAGAGAGAAGUCGGGGCUGGUGGAUGACGGUGAGAGAGGAGCGAGGCGUUGCGUUCGUCGUUUUUGGAUGUGUAUGUUGCAGGACGUUUGUACACUGGCCCGCCCGCUUUAUCCCUGAGGACUUCCCCGGAGCAAGGAUCAUCGCUGUCGAUUACGACGUAUGUGACGCACACGUGACCUGAUUCCUAUCUGUCAUUGUGCCAUUCCUUCCGCGCGGUCAGGCUCCGAUGUUCCGUGACCGGAGGCCCCGCAGGCAGCUCCCCAACCCGCGGCAGAGCCAACCAGCCAACGUGACGGCUGCAGAGAACAGCAGUGCCCAAGACACGUCGACGCCCUCCCCGCCGACCGCGGCCCCUCUCACGACACUCACGGCAUCCCCUCCCUGGGCCGUUCACCAGGGGAGCCAGCGGUCCGCGAGGGCAAAGGGCCUGGCCCACAUACGCCCCCCUUCUCCCCCGCUCUCGUUCAGACCCCCUCCGCCCCAGAAAACGCCUGUGCUCGACCUCAGGGGACCGGCGAUGCGCUUCGGGGGCUGGCGAAACCCACUCAGGGAUCGCACCAAUGCCACCCAAGACGCCCAGCCGGUGAAGGAGAGGCGGGGCCACCGGCGGCAGUCAGCCGAGGCGGAUCGACUUACUUUGAAUCAGCUGUCGGACGAUCUUCUGGCCCGGCUGCAGGCGGCUGGUGUGGGCAGGAAUGGGAGGGGUGUGGUGCUGGUUGGUCACUCAUUGGGAGGGCUGCUUGCAAAGAGCCUUGUGGUCAAGGACAAGGUCAGCACGGUCACAAACGAAGAAAUACCAUUCGUCUGAAUCAUCCGCUCGCUUCCUUUGUUGUGGCGCAUCAGGGUCUUCGUGAGAGCGUGCGUGGCGUUCUCUUCUACGGCGUGCCGCACUUGGGUGCGCCAAUCGCGAGCAUGCCCCGAGUGUUCCGGCCCAUGUUCUCGCAGAUAGUGCAGCAGCUGCGGCCCAACCGUGAGCUGCUCUUCCUCAACAACGCAUUCAGAGACAUCGCACUACAACAAGGUGUGCAUGUGGGUGGGAAGGUGGUCUCACGACUGAUACGCCACGCCCCUCUGCAUACGAUACGUAUGCGUGUGUGUGUGUGACCGUAGGGAUCGAGACGAUAUCGGUGGCUGAGUCGCGGCCCACCCGUCUGCCUUUCAACCAGCUGGAUUUUGUGGUCCCGGUAAACUAUGCCUAUCCGCGGGUGGGCGAGCUGUGUGUGGUGGGCGAGGCCGACCACAUCGAGGUCUGCAAGGCCGCCGCCAAAGACGGAGACGCCAGAUACGAGACGCUCAGAGACCUAAUCACACGGGUAAGAGAUCUCCGUGUGGGUGCCCACACGCCAGGCAACUCAUGUUUGCGGAUGGCUGUCUGUAACUUCAGGCGUUGGAGCCGCAGGAGUCAUCCAGAGAUCGGCUGCUCCUCCCACUGGUGUUCACCUCACGAGCAGACCGGAGUACAAACAAUAGGCCAACCGCCGCGCAACCACUGGAGGCGACGGACACCACAUCAUCGAGUGUGUCAGGAGAGAGCAGCGAAGAUAGCGAGAGGGAAGCGGGUCGGCUGGAGGCGUUGCGCAGGCGUCUGUUCCGGAUGCGGCGUGGCGAUGGCGAUGGCGAUGAGGGAGAGGAUGAAGACAGCGGUGCGCGGGACGACCGGCCUGCAUCGAGGCCGCUGGUUCUGCGGUGACUGGUGGAUGAGGCAUGAGUGCAGAGGUCUGUCUAGAGAGGGUGCCGUCUGUUCGGUUGUGUCAAUAUGCAUAGCCUGCCUAGGUAGGUAGCUCAAGUAGAACUAUGAGUGAGGCGCGAGGGUCAGCCUGCCAGCCAGCCAUCUAUCCAUGCAGCUGUGUCAGCUAGUGCAUGUGUGUGUACGGUAGGGUAUGGUGUGGUGUGGCGUGGCGUGGCGCUGCAUAUGUAAUCUAAUCUGGCGGCACGUGUAUGCGCUUGAAUGAAUGUGUAUAUCCCGAAGGGAUGAGAUGAGGAGCGCGUCAGUCUUUUGCAACGGCUGACAUGUCAGUGAGAGGUGGAUAAAGAAAGGGCGAGGGCCGUGUGUGUUUGGUGUGAUGGAUUGAUGCGAUGCAUGUCAUGAUACACACUGUGUGUGGUGUUGUGCUACUCUCUGCAGAGAGAGAGAUCGGGUGAGCUGUACAGAUGGACAGACAGACAGAUGACGACUGCCUGGCGUGGCGUGGGGUUCGGCUGACUGACAUGAUUCACUGAUUGAUUGACUGAUGCGUUUGGACCCCUCAUGGUACUCCAUUGACUGAGUGAAAGCAAUGGCCUGUUUGCAAUCACAAGAGGCAACGAACUGAUAGCAUGAGAGCUUCGUACACCCCGGGGUGGGCGGAAUCGCCACACGGAGCGCCGCACGGAGGGGAAGCCUUCUCCUUAU